CUGUGCUCAAAGCAAUAUAAAAAUGUCUUUGGUGCGACAGUGUCUUUGUGCAGGAAUGAUAUCCUACCUGUGCAUGAGUAUGGGCGCGACAUUCACUUGGCCUUCGUCCACGCUCCAGCUCUUCAGCUCAGAGAACACCACACUACACAGGCCCAUGACUGGGACGGAACAGUCUCUGUUCGGGAGCCUGUCUUCUAUCGGAGCUGUAGUGGCGACUCCGGUAGCUGGGUUCUUGCUCGAUGUGAUCGGGAGAAAAUAUUGCGCGGGACUUUUCUCUCUCAUGCAAGUGAUCGCCUGGGUCAUGAUAAUAGCCUCCAACCGCGUGGAGGUCCUCCUCACAGCCAUGUUCAUCUUUGGCGUCGGCGGUGCCGCCUUCCUGGUCGUCCCCUUGUACAUCAGCGAGGUCUGCCAGGAGUCCAUCCGCGGAGCCAUGACCUCCGGCACUAUCAUCUUCUACGGUCUUGGAAUGACCGUGUCCUACGCGUUGGGUGGAUACGUGGAUUACUAUCCUACGGUUUAUGCUUUUCUAUCCAUUUCCGUUCUUGGAGUUGUGUUGCUGAGUUUUCUGGAGGAAUCUCCGACGUUUUUGAUGAUGAAAGGCAGAGAGCAGGAAACUGCUAAAUCGAUAGCGUUCUACAGAGCUGCAAAGGUGUCUUCCAAGGUGGUGCAACAAGAACUGGACACUAUCCGUCGUAUACUGAACGCUGGAAACUUGGAUGAUACAGAAAUUCCGUUAGAAGAACAAAAACUUCGGUCUGGCGUUGAAAAAAAGCAGGCUCAGAAGCCUUCUAUCAUUCAAUUAAUAAAGAAGUCCUACCCAACCCGCCGUGCCCUCCUGAUCAUGCUGGGCCUCACCACAGCCUCGGUGUUCCAAGGCUUGAUCGUAAUCCAGGUGUACGCCGAGUCACUUUUCUCCACGGCCAUCCCCACCAUGUCUGCUACCAUCUCGAGCAUCAUAUUCUCUAUAAUCACUCUUGCCUCGGGAUUGGUCGCUGGGUAUUUGACGGAAGUUGCUGGAAGGAAGCCUCUCAUGUUAUACUCGUCGCUCGUGACCGGUACGUGCUGCGUGCUACUUGGCUCUCAAAUCCAUGUGAGCUGGGGCCCACCCGCCGUCACAGCGGUCAUCAUCUACAUAUUCUGCGUGGCAUAUUGGCUCGGAGCUGGGACUAUACCGUUUGUGUUGAGCGCUGAGGUGUUUUUACCGGAGGUAAUAGGCAUCCUCUCCAUGCUGGCCAUCGAGUGGACCUGGCUCUGCAGCUUCAUAAUCCUCUUUAUCUUCCCUCCGCUGGUGGCAGCCAUCGGACUGGGCCCUGUGUUCUACAUCUUUGCCGUUGUCUGCUUCGCCACGUCUGUCUUCACUUAUUUCUUCUUACCGGAGACCAAGGGCUUGCCGGUCGACGUCAUACAGACGCUCUUUGACAAAAAGAGGCAUCGUCAUUUCUCGCAUAAUUAAAUGAUUAG